AAAGAAGAGCUACAGGAAAAUGACUCCACCCAAUGUUUUAAAGAGUUUGUAAUGCAGAAUCAAAUGCUAUUUUGUAUUUCGUAAAACAUUUAAGACAAUUGAUCAUUAAAGUGACGUAAAAAUAUGUUCCACUACGAAUGGAUAGCCAUUGUAUUCCGUUUUCUUUAGCAUCAUGCUAAAAGGGUGUUUUGCUUUGCUUCCUGCUAACUAGCUGUUAGCUGCCGGACAGACUUUGUUCUAACGGUUUGAAAAUUUUAAAAAUGAGAUUCAUGCUAAUAAUUACUUUCUUGGCUCCGUCUUGGGUCGACAGUGCAAUUAAAUCAAGAAUUACAACGGAUGAGGACCGCGAACAAAGUCGGGAAUUCGACACUCUGAGCUCCAUGCUGUCAGAUUUUGAGGUGCUGCCAUGGUCAAGCCUGCAGCUGCACUCUGUGAGGAAGAGGGAUGUCCAUGCACAGUCCCACUUGGAGCAUCUGGUGAGCUUCCAAGCUUUGCACAGACAUUUCCAGCUUUACUUAAGUACAAACACAGGCCUUUUCACCGAGAACUUCAAGACUGUGUUUGUUGAUAAACACGGGAAGCAGGAGAAGUAUGAGGUUCAGCUGCAGAACUACUUCAUUGGACAUGUUGUUGGAGAUGAGAACUCACGUGUGCAAGCACACAUAGAUGGGGAUGAGUUUUCUGCACACAUACUAACCAGUGAAGCAGAGUACAACAUCGAGCCUUUGUGGAGAUUUUUGGAUACCGCCACUCCCGACAUGUUGCUGGUUUAUCGCUCAUACGACAUCAGGAAUCUCAGCCGCAUCAUCUCUCCUAAAGUGUGCGGUUACAUCCAUGCAAAAGCCGAGGACCUGCUGCCCGAGCCUGCCAGAGUGGACUGGGGGGUGACGGAGGAGGAGAUGGCACCCCACCACAGAGAGAAGAGACAGGCCCAAGACCAGACCAAGAACACGUGCCCGCUGCUGCUGGUGGCAGAUUACCGCUUCUUUCAGCACAUGGGGCGCAGGAAUGAGAGCAUCACUCUCAACUACCUGAUUGAGUUGAUUGACCGAGUUGAUGAUAUUUAUAGGAACACAAAAUGGGAUGAUGAAUUGAAAGGCUACGGGGUCCAGAUCCAUCAGAUUAUUAUCAACAGAGAGCCCACAAGGCCUCCAGUCGGCACUUACAACUGGGUCCACUAUAACAUGGAAAACAGCCCUGUGAAAGGAAAGGAAGUGUGGGACGUCAAGAGACUCCUCGAGCAAUUCAGCUCAGAUAUAGCUGACAAUGCCUCCGCCGUGUGCCUGGCCCACCUGUUCACCUACCAGGAUUUUGAUGAGGGCACGCUGGGUCUGGCCUAUGUGGCUCCAUCAAAGCCUCAGGCCCUUGGUGGCCUCUGCCCCAAACCAUAUUAUCCAUCGCACUCUGCAAAGAAGCCCAGUUACCUCAACACAGGCCUGACCAGCACCAAGAACUACGGGAAAACUAUUCUCACAAAGGAGGCAGAUUUGGUGACCACACAUGAGCUGGGCCACAAUUUUGGAGCAGAACACGACCCUGAUAGUAUCCCGUACUGCGCCCCCAGUGACGACCACGGAGGGAAGUUUGUCAUGUAUCCUAUCGCUGUGAGCGGAGACCACGUCAACAACAAGUGUUUCUCCAGGUGCAGCAAGAUCUCCAUAGGCAAGACGUUACGCUUCAAGGCUCCCGUGUGCUUCAAGGAGCGGAACAGUAAGAUGUGCGGGAACUCCCGCGUGGAGGAAGGGGAGGAGUGUGACCCUGGACUUCUCCACCAGAACGAAGACCCCUGCUGCACGUCCGACUGCAAGUUCAAACCCAGCGCACAGUGCAGUGACAGAAACAGUCCUUGCUGUUGGACUUGCAUGUUUCAGCGGGCGGGAACAGUGUGCCAGGAACCGAUUAGCGCUACAUGCAAAGGAAUAUCUCGCUGCACAGGCAACAGCAGUGAGUGUCCACCGCCCGAAAAUGCAGCUGACAACACAUUGUGUGUCGACAACGGUCGGUGUCUCAACGGCGACUGCAACCCCUUCUGUGAAGCCAUGCAGAACCUUCAGUCAUGUGCCUGCAACGAGACGGAGGAUUCCUGUAAAGUGUGCUGCAGGGGAAAAGAAGGCACCUGCUCUCCCUUCAUUCAGCCCGAUGGAAAGUUCCUUUACCUUCGCAAAGGCAAACCGUGCACCGUGGGCUUCUGUGACGAGGGCGGAAAGUGCAUGAAGCAGGUGCAGGAUGUUAUUGAGAGGUUGUGGGAUUUUAUUGACAAGUUGGACAUUAAUACAUUUGGGAAGUUCCUGGCUGAUAACAUUGUGGGCUCAGUCGUGGUGUUUUCACUGGUCUUCUGGAUUCCUCUCAGUAUCCUGGUUCACUGUGUGGACAAACGUCUCGACCAGGAGUACGAAGAAAAUGCCAAGUGCUUCUACUACCCACCAAAUCAGACGGUGGAAUUUUGUAGUCGAGCUCCCGCCGUAGAGUCAAGAAAUCCUAACCAAUCUCGGGUCGGCGCCUGUGCAUAUCGUCAAGCUUCCUCUUCCUCCCUCCUCCUCUACCGGCCAGACCGCGCCCUCCUCCCAGCUCGAGCAGCAGGUUCAGGCCGUGCAUCCUCCUCCCGCGGCACCCGGCCCGAGCUGCGGCCCCACCCCGGACAGUGGCGGGGGCCUACGGAUGGCCACCAUUCAGGAGAUCACCGGCGGCAGCAGCUCUCAGCUAGCAGAGGAGGGCCAGUCCGAAAACUUCACAACCGGAGGAGCCUCCUCGUCGGCUACGAAAUCCUCCUACGAGGAUCUGACCGAUCCGAGCCUAGCCGUCCGGGACCGGCACCGUCUCAAGAGGCAAGACUGCAUUGACACUAAAGAGACCGAGUGCUGACGGCUGAACAGCUGCAGGUGACUGGACGUGAGUUUGAGGGAACAUAAACAUGUUUGUCUGCAGGAUGUGGUGUAGGGUAAAAUACGCCAUGUUUCCGUAACAACACUGUGGCGCUUCAGUGUUAUUAGAGGUCCAGACCAGCUUGUUGUGUCUCUCUGUUAUUAACAGUUCAGGAACCAGCUGUAUUUGAUGUGUAGGACACUGAUCUUGACUGGAUCCUGUUCAGGGGGACUCUUCCAGUCUCAGCUUUUUUCCUCAUAGUUGUGCAUAAAAUAGUUUUAGCAUCUCACUGUUCUGCUCAUCUUUAAAGAGUUUAAUUAUUCUGUAAUGUUAAAUGCUGUCGCUGCAGUGGUUUUAAUAACCAGCGAAUUGUAAAUGAAUCGAAAGUAAACAACUGCUGUCGUAUCUGCACGUCACUGUUUUGAAGGCACUGGAAUUUUUCUUUAACUUAUUUACUGCACUGUCAACAACGCAGCAUUCUGUUACUCUGGAUAAAAUUGAGCAUUUGUGUGUCACUGUUAAAUAUUUUUGAUUUCCUGAGCAGUUUGGUAAUCCCGUCAUCAUUAUGUUUUCUUUAUUGAUUCCUGUGUGAGGCAAUGAGGCGCCUUCUGCUUCAACAUUUAUUCAUUUCUAUACAGAACAAUAACAUUGUGAUUGUUAUGAAAGUGAUUUUAAACAAACCUGACUCAAA